AUGCUCUCAUCAGCCUCGGCCUCGCUUGCUGGACGAGCUCCGGCUCUGCUCCGAUGCGGUCGCCGUGUCCCCAGCUCCCUCUCCGUCCGCUCCUUCUCUCGCGUCGCCUCGGCUAGGCCUCCUUCCCACAUCCUCUCCUCGUCCGUCAGCGGCCCCUGCAAGCGCCUAGGCACGAUCUCCAUCGUCCGACCCUACAGCUCCUCCACCUCCCAGUCCGCCCCGAACCCCCAGGCCUACCUCGACAGCGGUGUCAUCAAGCCCCAGCAGAACGUCGACGUCAAGAAGGUCCUCGUCAUCGGUAGCGGAGGUCUGGCCAUUGGCCAGGCUGGAGAGUUUGACUACUCUGGCUCCCAAGCUCUCAAGGCCCUCAAGGAGGCCGGCGUCGCCUCGGUCCUCAUCAACCCCAACAUCGCCACCAUCCAGACCAACCACUCUCUCGCCGACGAGGUCUAUUACCUCCCCGUCACCUCCGAGUACGUCACCUACGUCAUCGAGAAGGAGAGGCCCGAUGGCAUCUUCCUGUCCUUUGGCGGCCAGACCGCCCUGAACCUGGGUGUCCAGAUGCAGCGCCAGGGCCUCUUCGACAAGUACGGCGUCAAGGUCCUGGGUACCAGCGUCAAGACCCUCGAGACCUCCGAGGACCGCGACCUGUUCGCCCGCGCCCUCGACGAGAUCGACAUACCCAUCGCCAAGUCCAUCGCCGUCAGCACCGUCGACGAGGCCCUCGAGGCCGCCGAGAAGGUCGGGUACCCCAUCAUCGUCCGCGCCGCCUACGCCCUCGGCGGCCUCGGUUCGGGCUUCGCCAACAAUGAGGAGGAGCUCCGCAACAUGUCGGCCCGCUCCCUCACCCUGUCGCCGCAGAUCCUCGUCGAGAAGUCGCUCAAGGGCUGGAAGGAGCUCGAGUACGAGGUGGUCCGCGACGCCAACAACAACUGCAUCACCGUCUGCAACAUGGAGAACUUCGACCCGCUCGGCAUCCACACCGGUGACUCCAUCGUCGUGGCCCCCAGCCAGACCCUGAGCGACGAGGAGUACCACAUGCUCCGGUCGGCCGCCAUCAAGAUCGUCCGCCACCUCGGCGUCGUCGGCGAGUGCAACGUGCAGUACGCCCUGCAGCCCGACGGCCUCGACUACCGCGUCAUCGAGGUCAACGCCCGUCUCUCCCGCUCGUCGGCCCUGGCCUCCAAGGCCACCGGCUAUCCCCUCGCCUACACCGCCGCCAAGAUCGGUCUGGGCCACACCCUUCCCGAGCUCCCCAACGCCGUCACCAAGACGACGACGGCCAACUUUGAGCCGUCGCUCGACUACAUCGUCACCAAGAUGCCCCGCUGGGACCUGUCCAAGUUCCAGCACGUCAAGCGCGACAUCGGCAGCGCCAUGAAGUCGGUCGGCGAGGUCAUGGCCAUCGGCCGUACCUUUGAGGAGUCCUUCCAGAAGGCCAUCCGCCAGGUCGACCCGGGCUUCCUCGGCUUCCAGGGCGACAGGUUCGACGACCUCGACUACGAGCUCCAGAACCCCUCGGACCGCCGCUGGCUCGCCGUCGGCCAGGCCAUGCUCCACGAGAACUACUCGGUCGACCGCGUCCACGACCUGACCAAGAUUGACAAGUGGUUCCUCUACAAGCUCCAGAACCUCGUCGACAUGAACCGCGAGCUCGAGGCCGCCGGCUCCCUCGACGCCCUCAAGAAGGAACAGCUCCUCCAGGCCAAGAAGAUGGGCUUCUCCGACAAGCAGAUCGGUCUGCUCGUCGGCAGCACCGAGGAUGACGUCCGCGCCCUCCGCCUGUCCCACAACAUCCGCCCCUGGGUCAAGAAGAUCGACACCCUCGCCGCCGAGUUCCCCGCCAACACAAACUACCUCUACACCACCUACAACGGCUCCUCGCACGACGUCGACUUCGAGGACAAGGGUACCCUCAUCCUCGGCAGCGGUGUCUACCGUAUCGGUAGCUCCGUCGAGUUUGACUGGUGCGCCGUCAGCGCCACCCAGGCUCUCCGCGACAUGGGCGAGAAGACCGUCAUGAUCAACUACAACCCCGAGACCUUCUCCACCGACUUCGACUGCGCCGAGAGGCUGUACUUUGAGGAGCUCAGCUACGAGCGCGUCAUGGACAUCUACGAGCUCGAGAGUGCCAAGGGUGUCGUCGUCUCCGUCGGCGGCCAGCUUCCCCAGAACAUGGCCCUGAAACUGCAGGAGUCUGGCGGUGCCAACGUCCUCGGAACCGACCCCAGGGACAUCGACAAGGCCGAGGACCGUCAGAAGUUCUCCGAGAUCCUGGACAGCAUCGGCAUCGACCAGCCCGCAUGGAAGGAGCUGACGUCUGUUGAGGAGGCCGAGAACUUCGCCAACGAGGUCGGAUACCCCGUCCUCGUCCGCCCCAGCUACGUCCUGUCCGGCGCCGCCAUGACGGUGAUCCGCAGCCGCGAGGACCUCAAGGUCAAGCUGGAGGCGGCCAGCAACGUCUCGCCCGACCACCCCGUCGUCAUCAGCAAGUUCAUCGAGGGCGCGCAGGAGAUUGACGUCGACGCCGUCGCGUCGAAGGGCGAGCUGGUGAUCCACGCCGUCAGCGAGCACGUCGAGCAGGCCGGCGUGCACUCGGGCGACGCCACGCUCGUGCUGCCGCCCGCCAACCUGGACAAGGACGUCAUGCAGCGCGUCAAGGAGAUCGCCGAGAAGGUGGCCAAGGCGUGGAACAUCACGGGCCCCUUCAACAUGCAGAUCAUCAAGGCCGACUCGGCUGAGGGCGUCCAGCUGAAGGUGAUCGAGUGCAACCUGCGGGCGUCCCGCUCGUUCCCCUUCGUGAGCAAGGUGCUCGGCCAGAACUUCAUCGACGUGGCCACCAAGGCCCUCGUCGGCAACAACGUCCCGGCCCCCACGGACCUGAUGGCCAUCGAGCGCGACUACGUGGCCACCAAGGUGCCCCAGUUCUCGUGGACCCGUCUGGCCGGAGCCGACCCGUUCCUGGGCGUGGAGAUGUCGUCGACGGGCGAGAUCGCCUGCUUCGGAAAGGACCUCACCGAGGCCUACUGGGCCUCCCUGCAGUCGACCAUGAACUUCCGCAUGCCCGAGCCGGGGGAGGGCCUCCUCUUCGGCGGCAACGUCACCAAGCCCUGGCUCACAAAGGUGGCCGACUACCUCGCCCCGCUCGGCUACAAGUUCUACGCCGCCGACGAGGAGGUCAAGAACUUCCUCGAGUCGUCGUGCGCCGACCGCUCCGUCACCGUAGACGUCAUCGAGUUCCCCAAGGAGGACAAGCGUGCCCUCCGCGAGGUCUUUGAGAAGUACGACAUCCGCGGCGUCUUCAACCUCGCUCAGGAGAGGGCCGCCACCACCCUCGACGUAGACUACGUCAUGCGUCGCAACGCCGUAGACUUUGGUGUACCUCUGUUUAUGGAGCCCAAUACCGCCAUCCUCUUUGCUCAGUGCAUGAGCGAGAAGCUCCCCCGGCCUCAAGGUAUCCCUUCUGAAGUCCGUACCUGGGCUGACUUUAUCGGAGGAAAACCUCUGUAA